UAAUAGGGAAGCGUGCAGAGUGAAUGCCGAGAGAAAAGGCACAAAACCCUAUUGAGAGCUCUCAGCGUAACCGUCACAUGGGCGCACUGGCUCUCCAACUAUUUAAGCAGGAACACUUUCUCUUCAGCACCAUUCAGCCAUCCAGCCUUAGGUACGAGACUGACAAAGAGAAACUUUUACAAACUCUCAGAUAUUAGGUGAAGAGACACAGGGCUGCCAAGAUGCCUAGAUCUUUUCUGGUGGAUUCCUUGAUUUUGAGGGAGAACAGCGAAAAAGGGACCGAGAACAGCCCGCCGUUGUUCCCUUACGCGAUGCAUCCGUCUCAUCCACUCCAUGGUCUCUCCGCCGGCUCCUGCCACUCUCGAAAAGCGGGUUUGCUGUGCUUUUGCCCGCUGUGCGUCACAUCUCAGCUCCACUCGUCUCCUCCAGCGCUACCGCUCAUCAAGGCUUCCUUUCCUGCCUUCAGCUCCCAAUACUGUCACACCGCGCUCUCCAGACAGCAUUCCACAUCCAGCGGCGUAAACCUCAGCGGCUCGGGGUUAUACCAAGCCACUUAUCCGGUUCCAGAUCCACGACAGUUCCACUGCAUAUCCAUAGAGAAUAACAGCAGUCAACUUCAGAGCAGCAAGCGCAUGCGCACUGCGUUCACCAGCACGCAACUCCUGGAGUUGGAAAGGGAGUUCACCUCUAACAUGUACCUUUCGAGACUUCGGCGCAUAGAGAUCGCAACUUACCUCAAUCUGUCCGAGAAGCAAGUCAAGAUUUGGUUCCAGAACCGCCGCGUCAAGCACAAAAAAGAAGGCAAAAGCGGAUCCCACAGGACGGGCGCGCACAACUGCAAGUGCUCGUCGUCCCUGUCCUCCGCCCGGUGCUCUGAGGAAGAGGAUGACCUUCCCAUGUCACCCCCGACAUCAGAAAAAGAGGACGCAGAUCUGUCCGUUAGCCCGUGAACUCUUUGCGCAUUGCUCCUCGUAACCACCACCUCAACAGACUCUGUGCGCCACUGACUCCAGUGGAAUCCUGAAUGCAGCCAAAAAGCGACGCGCGCGCCGUCACCUGUAAAUAGCGAGAAAGAAGAAAAACUUUAUAUAUGUUCGGGGUCUGUGUAUCCCUUUAAUGUUGUAUAUUUGUAUACAUGUUCUAUGUUUGUAGUUUUUUUCUGAAAACAACUUAAGCCCGUAGUUCCGCAUCCAAAUACAUUUCCUGUCACCAAAAGAUUUUAAAAUCAGUCCAACAUGAACAAAGCUGAUUCGACUGACUUUUUCAUUUGUAUUUGUAUUUUUUUUUUUUUAGAAGAUAUUCAGAACUGUUGCUUUGUUUGUAUGGAUGGUGCGUACAGGGUAGCUUUAAGCACAUUUCUUUGGGGACAGAAUGGAAAUAUGGGAUGUAUCUGAUGUAUACGUCACUUCAGUGACAGAAUUUGUUGUACUUUUAUUGUAAUGAGAAUAUUUAUUUAUUUAAAAAACCUUA